AUGGAUAAUCAACAAAGUUGUAUCAUAUUUCCUCUUAAACUCCUCUUUCUCUAUGCCACAGAGAUCAGACACAGAAUCCACUCCCUCCACCACACUACUGAUGCCUUGAAUGUGAAACAAGACUCGCAUGUGUGUGCUUCACCUACUCCAAUUUUUGUCUAUGAGAACAGAAAACUUGCCCCAGAUACCUUGGUACACAGCUACAGGAGUUUCAAUGGAUUUGUAGUGAGGCUAACCAAAGAAGAAUCAGAAAGAAUGAAAGGAUUGGAUGAUGUGGUUUCCGUUAUUCCAAAUAGAGUUCACAGUAUCCAAACAUCAAGUUCCUGGGGCUUUCUUGGCUUCCCUGAAAAUGUUGAAAGAACAAAGGAAGAAAGUAACACAAUCGUGGGAGUACUGGAUACUGGAAUUUGGCCAAAUUCCUCAAGCUUCUCCGACGAAGGCUUUGGUCCACCACCACAGAAAUGGAAAGGAACAUGCCUUAACUUCACUUGCAAUAACAAAAUAAUUGGAGCAAAAUAUUUUCGUCUUGGUGGUGAGUUCGCCCAAGAGGACAUGAUAUCUCCAACUGAUACGAUUGGUCACGGCUCUCACUGUGCAUCAACUGCUGCUGGAAACCAUGUUAGCAAUGCAAAUUUAUUAGGGCUUGGUUUAGGAACAGCAAGAGGAGGAGUUCCAUCAGCACGCAUUGCUGUGUAUAAAGUUUGUUGGACAAAUGGUUGUGAAGCUGCUGACAUUCUUGCAGGAUUUGAUGCAGCCAUUAUGGAUGGUGUUGACAUUAUAUCUCUUUCAGUGGGAUAUGGAGAAGUCAUACACGUGGAAUAUUUUAAAGAUGUAUUUGCAGUAGGAGCCUUCCAUGCAAUGAAGAGAGGCAUAUUAACUUCUCAAGCUGCAGGCAAUUCGGGUCCAAACCUUUACACAAUGCCAAAUCUUGCACCGUGGAUCACUUCCGUGGCUGCUUCCACCAUAGACAGAAAGUUUUUAACCAAUCUCCAACUUGGCGAUGGCCGAAUCUUCCAGGGAAUUUCAGUGAAUACAUUUAGUCCAGCACAGAAGAGUUACCCUUUAAUUUAUGGGGGAGAUGCACCAGCUGCUGGAUUUAGUAGUUCCACAUCCAGGUUUUGCGAUGAAAAUUCUUUGGAUGGAGCUAUGGUGAGAGGGAAAAUUGUUUUGUGUGAUGGCUUUUCUUCUUCUCCAUAUGUGGGAUUUGCUUCUGGGGCUGCUGGUCUUAUAUUCACUGAUCAAUUUGUGGCAGAAGUAUUUGCUUUGCCAGCUAUUAGCAUUACCGCAAGUGAUGGGAAAUCCGUAUUUUCUUAUUUAAAGUCAACAAGGUAUAAAACUUUUCUUCAAUCUAUAAAAGAUCAUACAUUGGUGAUGUAUAAUUUUGUUCAAUUUAAUCCAGCAGCUACCAUAUUCAAGACUCACGAAGGAAAAGAUUCAUCAGCCCCUUACAUUGCUCCUUUCUCAUCAAGAGGUCCAAAUAAGGUCACUCCAAAUAUUCUUAAGCCUGAUAUAGCUGCUCCAGGAGUUGACAUUCUGGCUGCAUGGUCUCCGAUUUCUCCUAUUUCUGGUGUUAAAGGAGAGACAAGAGUAACAAAUUUCAAAAUAGCAUCUGGAACGUCAAUGGCAUGCCCUCAUGUUUCUGCAGCAGCUGCUUACGUCAAAUCAUUUCAUCCCAACUGGUCUCCUGCUGCUAUAAAAUCCACGUUGAUGACAACUGCUACUCCUAUGAAUCCUGCACUUGAUGUAGAUGCUGAAUUUGCUUACGGUGCGGGGCAACUCAAUCCUUUGAAGGCAGUAAAUCCUGGACUAGUUUAUGAUGCUGGUGAAUAUGAUUAUAUUAGUUUUCUGUGUGCAGAAGGUUAUGGUUCUAGAGCGCUGCGAAGAAUUACAGGAGAUAACAGCACAUGCACAUCAGAAAAUACAGGGUCUGUUUUCAACCUUAAUCUCCCAUCUUUUGCUCUAUCAACCCCUCGCUCAAGCGACAACAAUGUCACUUUCGGUAGAACUGUCACAAAUGUUGGAUCAGCUACAUCCACAUAUAAGGCCAUAAUAACUGCACAUCCAUCUUCUUUAAAUGUCCAAGUACUGCCAAGUGUUUUGGCCUUCUCGUCAUUGGGUGAGAGGCUGUCUUUUACCCUUAAGAUUGAAGGAAGCAUUAAUGCGGACUUGGUUUCUUUUUCUUUGAUUUGGGACGAUGGCACUUUUAAGGCAAGGAGUCCCAUUGUUGUUUAUGUUCCCUAA